GCAGCUCCUAUAUAUAAAGCAGUGGGGACUUAUGUCACCGCACUAAUUAAAUUCCAUCUGGGUUGCUCCUCGGGGUGUUUUUGAGCCCGCCACCCCACCAGAGCAGGCAGAGGGGCCCAGGGACAGCAUGAUGAUGGACCUUUUCGAAACCGGCUCCUAUUUCUUCUACUUGGACGGGGAGAAUGGGGCCCUGCAGCAGCUGGAGAUGGCAGAGGGCUCCCCGCUGUACCCGGGCAGCGACGGCACCCUGUCCCCGUGUCAGGACCAACUGCCGCCGGAGGCCGGCAGCGACAGCAGCGGCGAGGAGCACGUGCUGGCCCCGCCGGGCCUGCAGCCCCCGCACUGCCCCGGCCAGUGCCUCAUCUGGGCCUGCAAAACCUGCAAGAGAAAGUCGGCCCCCACCGACCGGCGGAAAGCGGCCACGCUGCGGGAGCGGAGGAGGCUGAAGAAGAUCAACGAAGCCUUCGAGGCUCUGAAAAGGCGGACUGUGGCCAACCCCAACCAGCGGCUGCCCAAGGUGGAGAUCCUGAGGAGCGCCAUCAGCUACAUCGAGAGGCUGCAGGACCUGCUGCACAGGCUGGAUCAGCAGGACAAAAUGCAGGAGGUGGCGGCGGACCCCUUCAGCUUCAGCCCCAAGCAGGGAAACGUCCCCGGCUCCGACUUCCUGAGCACCUGCGGCUCCGACUGGCACGGCGCUUCCGACCAUUCCCGCGCGCUGGGGGGCAGCCCCAAAGCAGGGGGCUCCAUGGUGGAAUCGUCGGCCUCCAGCAGCCUGCGCUGCCUCUCCUCCAUCGUGGACAGCAUUUCCUCCGACGAGCCCAAGCUGCCCGGCGCGGAGGAGGUGGUGGAGAAAUGAGCGCCGCGGCGGUGCGGCCGCCUCGGGACACACUGCCCUCGGAGACCCGAGCCGCACGGACUCUUCUCUCACCCCUCUUUGUAUCUCCCGUUUUGUUUUCUUGAAGUUUUGACCCACAGACCACCCCCCCUGUCUUUUUUUUUUUUAAUUAUUAUUUUUAACUGACGGUACUUAGCGGCGUACCGGCGGAGCGCUCGCCCUGCGCCCAGCCGAGCAGUCCAUUCCUGUCAGGGUGAAGCCGUUUGGCUGCGUUUCGUCUGCGUCGUGCUCAGAGCGUCCCCGCCUCGUUUCGCUCCUGUAAAUAAUUUCAGUACUGCCUUUUGUAAACAUGACAGAUGUGUAUUUAAAUGACGGACGUGAUAUUGUAUAUAAGAAAGGGUUCCUCGGACUGUAAAAUAAAGCUCUUUGUGUUACUGCGUUCCCCUCCUGCUCAUUAAACCCGGACCGGUCCUGCGGUGCCGCGCAGGAGGGGAGACGCUUUCAGCCGUUUUCUCUUCUGGUUUGGAAAGGUCGCAGCCACUUCUCGGGGACGUCUCGCUCUCCUCGGCCUGGAGAGCACAGGAACCCACAAGCGUUGGCGAAAAAGCGCCGUCGUUUCAUUCGCUUUUGCUUCUGAUCGGCCGGAGCCCGUUUCAGCAGAACGCCUCUGACGGGGCUCCCCGUGACCCCGGGCUUCCCUGCGACGGGAACGUCCUCGCUGUGUUUGCAAUUCAAGCGUCUGCGUUCGAUACUAAUAACGAUAACCCGUACCCAAGUCCGAAACGAGAACAGUGCCCUGAACCACAUUAUCAAAGGGGGACGAUCACACGAGGUCUGUGCUUUAAUCACGUCUGUUCUCCAGAGGGGCCGCGCACCACACUCA